AGAACCCUUUCACUCACCCUCUCCGACGAGCAAGAUGAGGUACCCGGCGGCUGGCUCCUUCCUCGCGACAGCGGCGUUCCUUCUCCUCCUCGCCGCCUCGGCAGCGGCUGACGGUUAUGGGGGCGGCCAAGAAGGCGACGCGCGGCCUGCCUACCAGGAGCCCGUGGACGGCCUCGACUCCGGGUACUACCGCAAGUCGUGCCCGAAAAUGGAGGCCGUUGUGCAGAGUGCCGUCAGGAAGGCCGUCGGCGCCGAUUACACCCUCGCCGCCAGCCUCAUUCGCCUCUUCUUCCACGAUUUCGCAGUCAGGGGCACCGACGCGUCGGUGCUGGUGGACGCGCCGGGGAGCGAGAAGUACGCGGACGCGAGCAAGACGUUGAGGGGGUUCGAGCUCAUCGAGUCCAUCAAGACGGAGCUGGAGGCCGAGUGCCACAGGACAGUCUCGUGCGCCGACAUCCUCACCGCCGCUGCCCGCGACGCGGCCACCGCCGUGGGGGUCCCUUACUGGUCGCUCAGGUACGGGCGCAAGGACGGGAGCGUCUCCCGCGAGGAGGAGGCCGACCGCUACGUGCCCAUGGGGCGCGAGAGCGUCACCGACCUCAUCGCCUUCUUCGAGUCCAAGGGGCUCGACAUCGUUGACCUCGUCACCCUCUCCGGAGCUCACACGAUCGGGCGCGCGACCUGCGGCGCGGUGAAGCCGGGGCUGUGCGACCGCAGGCGGGACGGCUCGCUGGACCGCCAGUAUGGGGACUUCCUGCAGCGCAAGUGCGCCGCCGCCGGCGACGCGGAGUACGUAGAGCUCGACGGCGAGACGCCGACGAGGUUCGACAACCAGUACUACAAGAACCUGAUGCACGGGAAGGGGCUGCUCCCGUCUGACCAGAAGAUGCUGCUGGACUCUCGGACGAAGGAAUACGUCAGGUCGUUCGCGAAGGACGAUAGCGCGUCCCGCGCCGUCUUCGUCAACCAGUUCGCCCAGUCCAUGCGCCGCCUCAGCGAAAAGCAGGUGCUCACCGGCGACGAGGGCGGGGUCCGCCACAAGUGCUCAGCCAUCAACUACUAAGCGCGCGGUGUAAUAAAAUGCAUGAUAUGCACGCACGCUUGUUGGGUUGUUCUCAACUUCCUAUUUUGACUUCUUGGUUCAGGAGAAAAAUGGCUGUGUUUUUUUGUUUAAUUUAUUUACACUUCUUUUGGUUAAUCUUUUCUAUCUGCUGUCUAUUCUGCAAUCUACUGGUAUAUAUGUUGGCCAAGAUUGUUUGGAGUCAUGAAUGACUGAGGAUUUAUUAUGCGCUGCAA